AGAGAAUCUCCUUUUCUUGUGCUACUGAGCAGAGACUGUACUUGUCUCCAUUCCUGAUUCCUUCACGCUGAACAACAUGAGCAGGGAGUGACUUUUGUGAGUUGUGACACACCUCUUUGGAACGUUUCUUCUGAGUUGUGAUUGUUGUCUUACUCUAACGUGAUCCGGACUUGUACUUUUAGCAUGGUGAUGGGUUUGGAAAAGGAUCCUCGGGUGUUUUUUGAUGUCUCAAUUGGUGGGGACCCUGUGGAAAGAAUUGUAAUACAGCUUUUUGCUGGUGUUGUUCCCAAGACAGCUGAGAAUUUUCGGGCACUCUGUACAGGGGAGAAGGGCAUUGGGGCAUCCACUGCGAAACCUUUGCAUUAUAAAGGGACAAGUUUUCAUCGAAUAAUUAAAGGUUUUAUGGCUCAAGGUGGUGAUUUUUCAAGGGGCAAUGGCACUGGUGGGGAAAGUAUAUAUGGAGGAAAAUUUGCAGAUGAAAAUUUCAAACUAUCACAUGAUGGACCUGGUGUUCUUUCCAUGGCUAAUAGUGGAGCUAACACAAAUGGGUCUCAGUUCUUUAUUACCUUUAAGCGCCAACCACAUCUUGAUGGUAAACACGUUGUUUUUGGGAAAGUUGUCAUGGGAAUGGACAUCCUGAAGAAAAUUGAGCUGGUGGGAUCUUCUGAUGGGAAACCUGUUCAGCCCGUCAAAAUUAUUGAUUGUGGUGAAGUUUCAGAGACAAAAGUCCAGCAUGCUGUUGAGAAGGACAAAGGGAAAAAGAGAAAAUCAGGGAAAUCUGUAUCUCCUGAUGAUGGUUCUGCCAAAAGAUCAAGGGGUAGAAGGAAAAAAACUUCAAAAGAUACUAAGAGAAGGAAGAAGAGAUACUCAACAUCAGAUAGUGAUAGUAGUAGCAGUGACAGUUAUUCCUCAGAUUCUGAAUCAGAUUCAGAUUUUGAAUCAGAUCCAUCCCAUUCUGAUUCAAGUUCCUCUAGGGACAAAAGCAUAGAAGGCGCCAGCACGCUAGAAGUAGAAGAUCAAGACACAAGUCCAAAUGGAGUUCAGAGGAUUCAAGUGAUACAGAAAGUGAAAGUUCUAGUGCUAGUGGCAGUAGUUCUGGCAAGGAAAAGGCUGAUCGUCGUGGCUCUAGAUCUAAAGCACUUGCUGACAAUAAACCAGAAAGGAAUUUAGACACAGGAAAGCAAUCUUCUAGUCCCCCUAUAAAAAGUAAAACUAUUUCAGAACAAGGGAUGGAUACUAAGGCUAGAAGAACUGUGGACAAGGAAUCACAUGAAGAAGGUGAACUGUCUCCGGAAAAUGAUGAACUUCUGAAUAAUGGGCAUGAUACUCGGGCCAAACUUAGUAAACCUUCUAAGCAACAGACCUAUUCAGAUGAUUCAGAUCAGAAUAGAGGUGCAAGUCCUGGAAGAGGUCCUGCUGGGAAGUCUGGGGAGCUAAACCAGGGACACAAUGUAUUGGCUAGUCCUGGUCAAAAAGCAUCUGAACCAGCAUCCAAAACUCAGGGCUUUUCGAAAAGUCCUUCACCACAUGGUAUGCCUAAGCGUAUAAAAAAAGGACGUGGCUUUACAGAGCGCUAUGCCUUUGCACGCAGAUAUCGUACUCCAUCUCCUGAACGUUCUCCCCGUGCAUAUCGUUAUGGCGAUAGAAAUAUUAGAAGGAACUUUGACAGAAACUCAAGCUACAGAAGAUAUUCUGAGCGCUCCCCUCCAAGACGUUUCCGGAGCCCACCAAGGGGUGGGAACCGUCCAAGAUACCAAAAUAGAAGAAGUCGAAGUAGGAGCAUCUCUCGCAGUCCAGUGCGUGGCCGUUUUAGAGACCAUGGUCGCAGCCAGAGUCCAGUACGUAGUCCUAGUCCUGAAGACAGGAGGCCUCCAAUAAGUGACAGAUUGAAAUCCCGACUUGGUCCUCGUAAUGAUCUACCCUCUCCGGACAAAGGCAGGUCAAGGUCCAAAUCCAGGAGUAACAGAUCUUCUAGUUCCAGAUCACCUGAUGCGACGCCACCAAAACGACGACAUGAUAAAAGGACAUCAUCUCGAAGCAGGUCUAGAUCAAGCUCACUGUCUGGACAAAAGGGGUUAGUUUCUUAUGGAGAUGCAAGUCCUGAUUCUGGGGCAACGUAGGUAUGGUGCUAGUAGUAAAUACCAAGCCUUGACAGGAGCUAAAAUUGCUAUACAUCCUAUAAAAAUAUCCAGUUGUUGGGCAUUGCGGCCAUAAUUUUUGUCUGCUUAUUCAUCCGCUUGUCCUUAGUUGAAUUAGGAUGUUAAACCUGUAGAGCCUAUUUUAAGUGUUACCAUUUAACUUUAAACCAAGUCACCAAGUCUCCUGAAGCCGUUUAGUUCAAGUAGGUUGUUGGGGCCAAAACUUUUAAGAGACGCCUCUUAAACUGGUUCCAAUUGUACAUUAUCUUAAGCUGGCAUUGUUGUGCUCAUUAUUUUCUUGAGAAUAAUUUGUGAACAUGAUAACAUUUCUCCAUUUGUUUCUGACGUGUCUCAUUUUGGUUGUGAAAUGUUUAGUCAUUGGUGUUCUACCUCA